AUGCGCCUCAUAAAUGUCAAAACACGUCGGCUCGAGCAGUUCCACGUUGCCGAUCAUGUCCCUCCGUACGCUAUUCUCUCCCAUACCUGGGGGGCAGACGGUGAUGAGAUAUCCUUUUCCGACAUUGAGCAUGGUCCUCCCGACAAGGAGGGGCCCGGCCGCAUCAAGUUUGAUGGAUGCUGUAGACAAGCAGAAAAGGACAACCUCGAGUAUGCCUGGAUUGAUACGUGCUGCAUCAACAAGGACAGCUCAACGGAGCUUGAGGAAGCCAUCAAUUCGAUGUUUCGGUGGUAUCGGAAAGCCGAGCUCUGCUACGCAUUCUUGGCAGACGUAGCUUCGGAGGACGAAGGCGAAUUUCGCAGCAGCCGCUGGUUCGAGAGAGGCUGGACUUUGCAGGAACUAUUGGCACCAAAAGUGGUGGAGUUUUAUAGCCAAAGCUGGGGACCCUUAGGUUCCAAGACCGACAGGUCGUCAGCGAUCGAGCAAAUCACUGGGAUACCAGUAGCUUUCCUCACGGGAACAGAGCUUCACUUCGCAAGUGUAGCACAGCGUAUGUCUUGGGCAUCGAAGAGGAAAACGACCAAAACCGAGGACCUGGCCUAUUGUCUUCUCGGAAUCUUCAACAUCUCAAUGAAGAUGCUUUACGGAGAGGAAGAGAGGGCCUUUUUGCGCCUGCAAGAAGAGAUCUUGGGGAACUCGGAACUGGCAGACGACUCGAUUUUGGCCUGGGACCUCAGGAUCGACUCCGAUGAAAGGCCCGAGACCCCGUCGAAAACCUCCUUCGGGGGCAUCCUCGCGGAAAGCCCUGCGAGAUUCGCGAACUGUGGGAACAUCACUUACCGAGAAAAUCCCACCCGCACGAUUGAGAUUGCGCGUGUGCAUGGACAUCUCGGCCUUCGCCUAAUCUUGCUUCUCAACAAGACGGAGACUCAGACUUUUGGCUUGUUGAACUGUAGCUACACAUGCGAUGGAGAAAGGGUGAUUGGGAUACCGCUAUGCUUUGCUGCACGCGGGGAAACCGCCGAUGAGUACAUGAGACCAGCCAACCAUAGAGCCGUCUUGUUCUCGGAACCUCAACCAGACACGCCGCGAAGGUUGAUCAGCGUCCCCAUGCGCCCGCCGUCACAGAAGCUCCCCAGCAAACAUCGACGAUUUGGUUUCAAGAUUCAAGAUCAAAUUGGCGAUGGGCUACAGUUGUCCGACGUGGAGCCACACGGCCGAUGGGAGAGGGAAACAUCGUUCAUCAUCACGGGAGUGGAUCUCCAACAAGAUUCUACUCAACGAACUUGGCUGAGAUAUCGCCAAACGGUGAAGCAGGCGCAAGACACAAGGGCUCGCGACUUUGUGGUCAUGUUGGAACUAAAAGUCAAGGAUUCUCGACCAUCUGCUGACUGCCAUCUGAUGACCGCGUCAGCACAAACCAGCCUUUCUGCCAUAGCAACGAGUGCACUCGAGACAACGCCGUACACAUUUGGGAAUCGUGAUGCAUCGAAUGGUUCCUACAAUUUGCGCGCAAACGUGUCAGACGGCGUCUUAGAGACUCACGAAAUCUUUUCUCUGACGAUAACCUCGAUGCCAGGGCCUCCAGCAUUCACAGUCGACCUGACCACCGAGCUGACAAGGCUCGAUCGCCAUGUGAAUCUCUUGCAAUCAAUACAAGAGGCCAAUCGAAUCGUGCCGCGUAUUGAAGCCUUGGUCGCGCCAGUGCAGGAGAAGAGAAAGGAGGUCGACGAACUCCAGGCAGAACUGAAAAAGGUGCGGCAACAACUAAAACGACUCGAGGAUCAAAAGCGUCAAUUAUCACAGAAGCUGAAUCAGAGCACCAAACACCUUGACGGGCUUAAGAAAGAAGACAAGAGUCUCAGGCGCCGACGAGAUGAACUCUACAGUGAUAUAUCGACUCCAGAGCUGUCGGCAAUGUUCGGGAACGAGAGCGCGCCUCGAUGGCACAGUGCCAUCGUCAACGAAAUAGCAGACAGACUCCCGAAGACUGAUGAUGCCACGAUAAACGAGAUCAAGAGCAAGCCUCAACGGGUCCUCAUGCAGGCGAUAGCAACUGGGCACAAGCCUGCGGUCAAGUUUCUUAUUACCAGAGUGGGAAAUCUCGAUUUCACGGACACUCGUGGCCGCGGAGUGCUUUCAAGAGCUGUCAUCAGAGGCAGCGUGACAAUGCUCAAGUGGCUGCUCAGUGAGGGAGCGAAGGUAAAUGCCACAGAUUCCCAAGGCUUGACUGCCUUGUCCCAGGCUGCACUGGGCGAUGCCGAGGGGGAAGCCAAGACUCUCCUCGACCACAAUGCUCGCAUUGAGCACAGAGACUCUGACAGCAGAACUCCCGCAAUAAUUGCCGCUCAAGAAGAUAGCUGCAAGGUUUUAACUCUUCUUCUCAAACGUGGCGCCAAGAUCGAGGCAAAGCGAAAGGGACACACACCAUUGUCUACUGCUGUGACGUUCGGCAGUAUGAAUGCUGCUCGUGUGCUGGUCGCUGAGGGAGCAGACAUCCAUGCGACGGAUCAGGGAGGUUGGACUCUGCUGAAUCAGGCAGUACGCAGGUUGAAGUUUGAGUUUGUCGAGUUUCUUCUGGAUGAGCGUGCCCUCAUUGAGGCUGGAGGCCGCGAUGGCUGGACCCCUCUGCUAGAGGCAUGCGGCACAAACUCCGAAAGGAUGGUCAAACUGCUUCUCGAUAGAGGAGCAAAUAUCGAGGCACCGAGCAGUAAGGCAUGGACUCCUAUAACGUACGCAAUCUCUCGGGGCUACGACCAGAUCGUCGAGAUUCUUCUUGAGCGUGGCGCGAAUAUUGAGGCACCGACGGCGAGCAGCAAGAAAUGGACCCCUCUGACGUACGCGACGUUUCGGGAGAAGGAGAAGAUCGUCGAGAUUCUUCUGCAACGCGACGCUAAGAUCGAUUCAACCAACGCUGCUAAGCAGACCUCGCUUUGCAUCGCGGCAGGGAAUGGAUCCCAUCGAAUUGCACAAUUGCUAGUUGAGAAAGGCGCAAACAUCGAGUUUAGAGACGAGCUCGGCAGAACACCAUUGAUAUUAGCAGCAGAAACGUCACAUGGGCGUAUGGCUUAUUGGCUUGUCGGACUCGGGGCUCAGGUCGACGCGAGAAACAAGGCCGGGGAGACUGCCCUGUUUUACGCUGCACGUGCAGAAAGUCUCGAUAUACUUCGGACCCUGUCGGACAAAAAGGCCGACAUCAAUGCCAAGGCCAAGAACGGCCAGACUGCGCUCUACAUGGCCGUUCAGAGAGGAAACAAGGCCGCCGUACAGGACUUACUGAAGAGGAAAGCCGACAUCUUGUUGGCGGACCAAAACGGGCAAACCCCGUUGCAGUAUGCGAGGGGUGUAUCUGAAGAUCGUGGUGAUAUCUCGGAAAUACUCGAGCUCCUCCAGGACGCCGAACAAAAGCUCGAACAGCGGAGAGCCAGAUCUUUGAGUCCAAGGCAAAGAAAUCGCGAGCUCGAAGUCAGAGACGAGCGGCUCGGUGAGGCACCAACGCAGUUGCGGGUAGAUAGCAUCACCAAAUGGCUUUCCUGA